AGCAGUCCACGCGACCAACCGCCGAACCGGAGCAGCAACACCAACACCAACGACAUGGAUCUCCUCCGCACCGCGCCCAAAUCCUAGCCUCCUAGGUUCCUUCGCCGCCGGGAGAGGACGGACGGCCGGUCGAAUCCCAGCCUUCCCCCACCCCACCCCACCCGCGGAUCCGGCCUCCGCCAUGAGCUCCGCGCAGGACCCCUUCUACAUCGUCCGAGAGGAGAUCCAGGGCUCGAUUGGUAAGCUGCAGACUACUUUCCAUCGGUGGGAGCAAGUUUCUUCAAACACUGGAGAAUAUGUUCAUCUAACAAAAGAGCUUCUCACCAGCUGUGAAAGCAUUGAGUGGCAGGUGGAUGAGUUGGAAAAGACAAUUUCAGUUGCAUCAAGGGAUCCAGCGUAUUAUGGACUCGAUGAAGUUGAACUCUCCAGACGACGGAACUGGACUGGCUCUGCUCGUAAUCAGAUUGGUACUGUAAAAAGGGCUGUUGAAAAGGGGAAGAGCAAUCCUGCAAUGGCAAGACAUCAGGACAAUGGUACAAGCAGAACUAACUACUGUUCUUCCCAAGACAAUGAUGACUAUAUUGCUUCAGAAUCAGAUAGACAGCUUCUACUCAUGAGGCAGCAGGAUGAUGAACUUGAUGAGCUCAGUGCGAGCGUUCAGAGGAUUGGAGGUGUAGGGCUUACCAUACACGAAGAACUAUCUGGACAGGAAAGGAUCCUGAACAACCUAAGCCUGGAGAUGGAAACUACUUCCAACAGACUCGACUUUGUGCAGAAACGAGUGGCGAUGGUGAUGAAGAAGGCCGGCAUCAAGGGGCAGAUCAUGCUCAUCCUCUUCCUGGUGGUCUUAUUCAUCAUACUCUUCGUUCUAGUGUUCUUGACAUAGCAACAUACUACUCGUAUAGCAUAUAGUGUAAGUACGUACAUGUACCUGCUUACUGUAAGUUGUGUUCCACAUUAAGCAUUCAACCUGGCGGCUAUGUUCCACGUUUGAAAGAAAAAUCUCUUGCACU